GCUUCCUGCAUUCUGACAAUCACGACAACUACACUGCGUCCAUCAUAAUACAGCACAACAUUAAACAUCUUCUUUCAAAUCAUCAGUGAUGGCCACAAGGUACGCCAAUACCACGGAGGUUCGCCUGAUCGUCAACGGCAACACCGUAUUCGCAUCCUGUGUUCAGGAAAAUACCGGAUCGCUUAGCAUCACCGUGGCACAUGGUUGUGUCAAUAUCUCCACACCUACCAGUCAAACGUCAAUCUUCACUCAACCAAAAACCAUCUCAAUCAGCACCUGUUCGAACCUUGCGACUGUACCUCUGUCGGCUCCCAGUCUCCAGAUCGAAGGUACUCAACAGAGUAUCCCCUUCAAUUCGGCACCUCUGGCCCUUGACACUCUGGCUGGACAUGUACGUUCUGACCUCUGUACUUGUGUUGCCGGAAAGAAAUGCCCGCGUCAUCUUCGGGUUGCUCAGGAGAAACGACGCAGGCGCCGAGAGAGGAGACAACAGCAAGAUCCACCCGUGGGCAAGGUGGAAAGAGACAUUGAUCCCAAUCACACCAAUACCGUGAAGCAAUGCAAGGGGAAAUCUCGCAAGAGGGCUGGGGCCAGUGAGAGCUUCGACCGAGUGGUUCAUGGACAUCGAAAAAGUACGAGCUCGAGGAUUGUCAAAGCAGAGCCAGAAUCCGACUUCAACACCUUGACAUCAGACUUGAGUGGCAAGCAGGACAUCACCUCGAGAGUCGUCGAUGUCCGUCGAUUCCAGCAGAAUACUCACGUACCGGAAUACAUGAUCGGUCUCCCAACACAUCUUCCUGGUGAGCUAAAUUGGGCCGUCGAUGACUCCUCUCCAACAGGCCGCGAAAUCAAGUGUGAAUUACAGAGUGACACCAGACCUCCGGACGCCUCGAUCGAAUCCUCCUUGUCGGACGUCCAUGGCAAGCAACUAAACAGCUCAUCAUCUGGACACAUCAUACCAGGUUUCUCUCUCUUCACUAGCUCUGGAGAGUGGGACCCUCCGCAGAUCAAGAUCGAAAGAAUGGAGGAUAUCUUCCAUAGAUAAGGAGACGGGACAGAACAUCAUGCAUGACACUCCACUGAUUAUCGAUUUCUUGUAACGAUGCCGGAUGGCUUCUGCAUUUGCUCUUCUUGCACAAUUCUUAGCUACAGUAAUGAUUGCAGC